GUCAGCCAGCCAGCUGUGUACGAAUUGAAAAUAAAGUCGAAAAGUCUACCUGUCCUUGAUGUGUCAUCCAUUGUGAUAAUUUUCGUGAAACGUGGUGUCAAAAUCUAUAAUUUACCAGGGAAAAGGCACGUCUGUCGAUUGAUGCAAAUUACAUUUCUACUAAAUAACAUUUCCCCACAAGUACUCGUCAAUACUACAAAUUUGUCGCCUGCUUCGGUGGCAGUCGAACGGCGGGCGGCGGCAUCUGUGACGCAGUAGGGCGACAGUGCGCGAGUGAUCAGUGGCGGUCGGUCGGUGAUGUGUUUGUGAUACGGGGGACAGUGCAUGCAGAGGCCGCGGUUUAGCGCUCGCCCGGGCAUGGUGCCUGACAGGUAGCGGGCGCGGGCGGCCUGCGCAGGCCCCACACAAGCAGCCGCGUGUGUUCCCCAGCGUCGUCUAUGGCCGAGCAACACAUCACACCGUCGUCGCACUCUGCACUCACGAGAGAGUCCAGCGGGUCUUCUCCUAGCAGGGUGGUGGGCGGCCGGUGGUUACGUCAAGUGCGUAAAGUGAGCCGCAGUCGCCGCAGCAGACGUAACGUAGCGUCACCUCUGCCGCGCACGCACCGGCGCUCGUCAAGAAGCACGCUCGACGCUGAUCUGCGCACGCAAGAAGUAGAGCUGCGAAGAAGCUCACGCCUCGUGAACACUUUGCCCCGUUCCGAUUACUCCAUAUCCGAACGUUGGUCGUACGGGACGGACGUUUACGAAACUCGCUACGACACAACAGACGGAGACAACUCAAAAGCGCCCACGACACCACGCAAACGCAGCCGGACGUCUUCGCAUGAAAAGAAGAAACACAAGUCUCACACCGCUCCCGACAGUAAUCCCACAGCCGAGUGCGUGGCUUACUGCACACGUUCACGGACUGCUCUUAACUCUAAUAAGAGUGCUAGUGAGCACCAGCCGACGGACAAACCGGACGCACCCCCGCGACCCACUUCUAAUCAUAACGCUUCAGUGUCAACCAAUCAUCAACAGCAACAGCUUUUAAAUCAACCGGAAGGCGGUUUGCUGCCAUUAGACGAACGAGAUUUUGCAUAUUCUCCGUUCAGCUCCUCAACUAUCACUGAGUUACUAGAUUCUGAUUACUCAGUGUACAGUCCUACCGCUAGCCGGAGGAAAGGGAAGAAGAGGAAACGCUCGACUCAUCGUUCUUUGUCACACAGAAAGAGUAACUGCCUGAUUGAUUUAGACGAUUAUAAAAAGAAAUUUAAAAUAGACCCAGUCAAGGAAUCUGCAGAGACCAGUAGAGACAACAUAUCCGUGAGCCGUAUACCAGAAUACGAGCUAGAGAGAACCGCAGCGCUUUCCACGCAAGCUAUUUGCACAUAUCGACUACGCAACCGACACAAUCGCGACACAGAGGCACCUACCUCAACAGUUAUCAGUGAUAAUACAGCGCGACCGUCGACGAGCGUCGUGGUCCACACGCAUACAGCGGAGCGUAAGAGCGCUACAGAUUACAGAGGAAGAACUACCACUCCGCCACCAUACAAAGAUUUACGAGAAGCUAGCUCAUCAAAAGCUCAAAGUUCCGACAGCAAGCUACUAAUUGUUCCACGUGAUCUCCCGUACUUACGUCAAACUAACGCUCGAAGGAGUAUCGCAGCUGCCACGGGUGCGACCCUGGGUGCUUGCUUGACGAGGGGGGCGAGUACUUCACAGCGUCAGAGACAGGAUACUGCUUCGAAAAGACAGUCGGGCGGCGGCGAGGAGGCCAGCGGCAGCGCGGGCGGCGGGCGGCGGGCGCGGACGCGCGACAUGCCGCAGCCGCACACGCCCUCUACCAGACGCGACAAACGAGGUAAAAGCAGUCUGGGUUCGUGUGCCAGUACCGGUGGUGCAUCCAGCCGGUCCCAUCCUCAGCCUCUAACCACGGGUGCUAUUGCGUCCACGUCGUCUACGCCGCCGGUGUCUGCUUCAGCUGCUUCUAUGCCUGACAACGCGUCCAACGAUGCCAAGCCUAAGGGCAAAGCAUCGUCAUCGGCGGAGGAGUGCGCUGGUGGAGUGGCGGGUGCGACCGCUGGCAGCAGCGGCGUGGCGGGUGCCAGUGCCGUCGCCGAAGAGUCCUCUUCUGAAGAGGGCGAGGUCGGCCGCCUGCAAGCGCUGCUAGAAGCGCGCGGCUUGCCUCCACACUUGCUCGGCGCACUCGGACCGAGGAUGCAGCAUCUGUUGCACAGGACUGUUACCGCUAACUCAGCUGCAUCUAAAGCAGCACAGUUGCUGGUCGGGCUGCAGGCCACCGGCGACGAGGGCCAGCAGCUGCAGGCUGUAAUAGAGAUGUGCCAGCUGCUAGUGAUGGGCAACGAGGACACACUCGCCGGGUUCCCUGUGCGGCAAGUGGUGCCGGCACUCAUCAACCUGCUGGCUGCUGAGCAUAACUUUGAUAUGAUGAACCACGCGUGCCGCGCGCUCACGUACAUGCUGGAAGCGUUGCCGCGCAGCAGCGGCGCCGUGGUGCUGGCCGUGCCCGCCUUCCUGCACAAGCUGCAGGCCAUCACCUGCAUGGACGUCGCCGAGCAGAGCCUCACCGCGCUCGACAUGCUGUCGCGGAGACAUUCCAAGGCUAUACUGCAAGCGGGAGGCGUCUCCGCUUGCCUCACGUACCUGGACUUUUUCUCGAUCAACGCGCAACGCGCCGCGCUCUCGAUAACUGCCAACUGCUGUCAGAAUCUCACACUCGACGAGUUCCGCCUGGUCAGAGAGUCAUUGCAACUGCUUGCUAACAGGCUCACAAUACAGGAUAAGAAGUCAGUGGAGAGUGUAUGCUUAGCUUUCUCCCGUCUCGUGGACAGCUUCCAGAAUGAUCCAGCAAGACUCCAGGAGAUUGCCACUCCGGAACUGCUCACCAACUUGCAACAGCUUCUGGUGGUGCAGCCGCCGCUCAUCUCUGGCGGCACGUUCAUCACCGUGCUGCGCCUGCUGUGGGUGAUGUGCGCCGCGUGCCCGCAGCUGGCGCUGGCGCUGCACCAGCGCUCCAUCGCCGACACGCUGCUGUGCCUGCUCACCGGCUCCAGUCUGCAUCAGGAGCAAGUGGAGUUGAUUCCCCGUCUCCCGCAAGAGCUGUACGAGAUAACGUGUCUGAUCGGCGAGCUGAUGCCGCGCCUGCCCACCGACGGGAUAUUCGCCGUGGACGCGCACCUCGACCGGCCGUGGUCCGCGCCCGCCGACCGCUCCGCGCAGUGGCAGUGGAGGGAUGAUAGAGGUGUGUGGCGUUCGUACUCUUGGGCAGAGUGCCGCGCGCUGGAGGCCGGCGCCACGGCGGCCGAGGAGGAGGUGUGCCUCAGCACGCUGGGCCGCUCCUACACCGUGGACCUCACCGCCAUGCAGCAGCUCAACGACCACACGGGCACGGCGCGACCCGUGCAGCGCGUGGCGCCCACGCCGCCCGCCACCGACUCUGGCGCCGCCAACGCUGCUGCACCUGACCCGCGCAUAGCGAUGGUGCGCUGCAACCCGUCGCUGGUGCGCGCGCUGCUGGGCGUGCUGCACGAGGUGUACUGGAGCUCGGCGGGGCCGGCGCUGCGCGCGCAGGCGCUCAAGGCCAUCCUGCGCGCCGUGCACUACGCGGACGCGCCGCUCUUGCGACAAGUGCUCAAGACACAGGUCAUAUCGUCCCACAUCGCGGGCAUGAUGGCGUCAAGCGACCUGCGCAUCGUGGUGGGGUCGCUGCAGCUAGCCGAGAUACUGAUGCAGCGGCUUCCCGAGGAGAUGGGGGUGCAGUUCCGGCGCGAGGGGGUGUUGCACCAGGUGGUGCAGCUCGCUGAGCGCGUGCCCACGCCCAACGCCCCGCAGCCUUCGCGACACCCCAAACUGAAAUCUCCGAGCGGUACAAGCGUGCGGGCGAGCGGCAGCUCAUCGCCUCCUGCCUCCACAUCAGCCUCCGCCCUGGACCAUCACAACUUGUCGCUGGCUUUCUCCGCUUCAGGUUCAUUUAUUGCUAGCGCAUUACUGCCCGGUGCCGAUACCGCCGCUGAAGCGGGACCGGCCACUUCGGCUGCCACGCACCAACAGCCGACUGCAGCGCAUCGAUCGAACAGUCCACUGACGGAGAUGUUGAAACGCAAGCGCGCGGUGAAGCGGUCGGGCGGCACGGCGGCGGCGAGCGCGCGCACGCAGCGCGGCCGCCGGGACGACGCGCCCGCGCCGCACGCGCACGCCACCGCGCUCGCUGCCACGCCCGCCGCUGCGGCCGUCGCCGCGCAUUCGUCGAGCGUAGCGGGCGCGGUGGGCGCGGCGGCGCGCUCGGCCAGCCGCAUGGGCGCGUCCAAGACGUCGUCGUUCCUGUCGUCUCUCAACCCGUCGCGCUGGGGCCGCUCACCGCACGUGCAUAAAGACUCGGCGCUGCUGGCCUCGCCGCACACAUCCACCAACCUCACCAUUCAGAACAAAGAGAAGGUCCGCGAAUGGAUCGUAUGGCGCGCGGGUCGCUUGCAGCGGGAGUGGGGCGCGCUGGGCGGCGGCGCGGGCGCGCUCGAGCAGCUGGCGGCGCUCGCGGCGGCCUUACCGCACCGCGCGCCCGCCGCGCUGGCGCAUCUGCGGGACACGCUGCUCGACCACGACGUCUCGCCCUUCGAGGUGAACCACUCGGGAGUGUUAAGCGCCUUGCUGCAGUACCUCACGGGCGCGGCGGCGGAGGACGCGGAGGGCGAUCGCGAGGCCGAAGGCGAAGGCCGGGACUCUUCCGACCUGGCCGCCGCAGAGGACCGCCUGCGACUCUUCUUACACGUCUUUGCCGACCUGCCACAAGUGCCAGACGACCCCGAGUGGCGUGAAAAGGCGAGCGUGAUCGGCGCCGUGGGUGCGGGUGCGCUAUCGGCGCUCGUGGGCAAAGUGAACGCGUGCGUGUCGCACCUGGAGCAGUUCCCCGUGCGCGUGCACGACCUGCCCGCGCGCCCCGCCACCUCCGCGCUCAAGUUCUUCAACACGCACCAGCUCAUGUGUGAUCUCAAACGACAUCCUUCAUGCACCAACCUAAAGCAGUGGAAAGGUGGUGUUGUGCGGAUAGACCCCUUAGCUUUAGUGCAAGCAAUCGAAAGAUACCUCGCUCAGCGCGGAUACGCGAGCGCGCGGUCGCGCGAGGCGUGCGCGGCGCAGUCGGACGACGAGCCCGCGUCCGACGACGACGUGGACGACGCGCUGGCCACGCCGCCGCACCACCCCGUCGAUUCGGACCACAAGUUGGAGUUCCUGAUCGGCGAUACAGUGCUCCCCUACAACAUGACAGUGUACCAAGCAGUCAGACAGUUCGGCGAGCAAACAGACGCCGACACUGACACGGAAACGCCUAUAGCGAACGCCGGCAUCUGGGUGCAAACCCACACCAUCUACUACCGCGCGGUAGAGGCGGGCGAGCCGCCGCGCAGCGACGCUUCUGCCACGCGCAAAGGCAAGGGGCAACCCAAUAAAGUCUCCUCCAGGCGCAAACCAGAUCUCUUGUGGAACGAGGGCGUAGUGCCGCCGCGGUCGGCGCCGCUGGUGGUGAUGCUGCGCUCGGCGCUGGGCGCCAGCGAGGUGCGCGACGCGUCGCUGCCGGCGCUGGGCCUGCUGCGCGCGCUGCACGCGCUGUCGCGGCACUGGCACACGCUGUACCGCGCCGCCUGCCUGCCCGACCACCGCCCGCUGGUGCCCAACGCGGACUUCGUCAACGCCAAGCUCGCCGCGAAAGCCAACCGACAACUUCAGGACCCAUUGGUUAUAAUGACUGGAAACCUCCCUCCUUGGUUGAAAAAAGUUGCAUACGCAUGCCCGUUCGUGUUCCCGUUCGAGGUGCGCCACCUGCUGUUCUACGUGGUGUCGUUCGACCGCGACCGCGCGCUGCAGCGGCUGCUGGAGGCGGGCGGCGAGCGCGCGGCGGCGGGCGCGGAUGAGCGCGUGGCGCCGCGCCUCGACCGCCGCAAGCGCACCGUGCAGCGCCACAGCGUGCUGCGCCAGGCCGAGCACGUCAUGCACGAGUUCGCGCACUCCAAGGCACUUCUUGAAAUUCAAUACGAGAACGAAGUGGGCACCGGUCUCGGGCCGACGCUGGAGUUCUACGCGCUGGUGUCGCAGGAGUUGCAGCGCGCCGACCUGGACCUGUGGCACGGCAGCGAGAACUUCAAACAGAAGCCGACGUCGUUCGGCGGCGAGAUCGUCAAGAGCCAGCCGCCGCUGGUGACGGACCGGUCGGCCGACGCGGCGGCUCGGCUCGCCUCCUCCGUGCGCGACGCCCUCAACCUCGACGAGGAUCGCUCCCCGGAGCCCUCGGAGCUGGAGAAGGAGACGCUGAUCCCGUCGCCCGCGCCCGACGCCACCUACGUCACGUGGCCCUGCGGCCUCUUCCCCCAGGCCGUAGGCCGCAACGCCAGGGCAUCACAUUUGUCGAGGGUCAAAGCGAAAUUCCGGUUUCUCGGCAAGUUUAUGGCAAAGGCUGUGAUGGAUUCUAGAAUGGUGGAUAUUCCGCUGUCGGUGACGAUGUACCGCUGGCUGGUGAGCGAGCAGGGCUGGCUGGGGCUCAGCGACGUGCGGCACGUGGCGCCCGAGCUGUGGCGCUCGCUGUGCCGGCUGCGGCGCGUGGCGGACCGCGCGCGCGCGCUCGCCGCCGACACCAGGCACACGCCCGACCAGCGCAACCACAUGAUAAACGGGCUGGAGCUGGACGGCUGCCCCAUCGAGGAGCUGGGGCUGGACUUCAUCCUGCCGGGCGACGGCUGCACGGAGCUGCGGCGCGGCGGGCGCGACCUGCCCGUCACCGCGCACAACUUGCACGACUACAUCGCGCUCGUCACGCACUGGCUGCUCUACGAGGGCGUUACCAAGCAGAUGGAGGCAUUCAAGGAAGGAUUUGAAUCAGUAUUCCCUUUAAACAAUUUAAAGAUAUUCUACCCAGAGGAGUUAGAGCAAGUAUUUUGUGGAAGUCCAUCAGGUGGUCGCGAUCAGCGAUGGGAGCCGAGGAUGCUGGCGGACUGUAUUCGGCCCGACCACGGCUACAACUCGGAGUCGCGAGCAAUAUGCAUGCUGAUCGACAUACUAGCGUCCUACAAUCGCGAGGAGCAACGACUUUUCUUGCAAUUCGUUACUGGAAGCCCUCGACUACCCACUGGAGGUUUCAAGGCGCUGAACCCGCCGCUGACGGUGGUGCGCAAGUCGCUGGAGUCGUCGCUGGACCCCGACGAGUAUCUGCCGUCGGUGAUGACGUGCGUCAACUACCUCAAGCUGCCCGACUACAGCGGCGCGGAGGUCAUGCGCGCCAAGCUCCGCCUCGCCGCCUCCGAGGGGCAGCACUCGUUCCACCUCUCGUGAAGUGCCCCUGGCGCCUGUCCCGCACGACCUCGCACGACCCCGCGUGCGUGCGGUCAGUGACCUCGUGCAUACUUGUGUUGUAAGUGUAAGCUCGGGAAGACUGUCUAUAUGUGCAAUCAGAGUGUUUUUUUUUUAAUUUCCUAUUGUGAUGGACACUGAAAGUGCUGUUUUAAUAUUUUGUUUUCUUUUAGAUUGAUUUUAGAUUACAGAGGAUAUGUUAAUAGUUAUAUUUUGUGUUAAUUUAAAUGUAACUGCUUUGUAUAUUUCUUUAACUAGAGGAAUAACUCGACAUGUUAAUUUAAGUGUGCGACGGAGAUUGGGUCCUUUUUGAACGAAAGCGGAAUAUAUAUAGUCUUGCCCGAUUAGAGGAUUUCCAAGCGGUCGCCACAUAUAUCUACCGUAUAUUUUACUACAUAAGCUACAUUACGAAAUACCAUUGUCACCUUGUGAGCCCAUUAUGCGCUAAAUACUAGCAUUUAAUACCAAACGGUGUAUGUUUUGAUUAAAGUUUAAGAGUCGUAAAUGAAUAAAGAAAAGUGCAAAAUUUAAUAUGUAACAAUUUCAAUAAAACCAUGUAAACUACAUUGAACAA